AUGCUCGGUAAAUUAGUGAAUAAAUUCAAAAAACAUUCACUACAAGAAGAAAUAACAAGCAGUACCGGUUCAACUGGAUCUGCUCCCAAUAAUAGCAAUCCGGAAAAUAACGGAAUAACGAUGACAGCACAAGCUGGAGCAAUUAUUUCACCACUACCUCCUCAACAAGUAAAUCGUCGAAGUGCUCGAAUAAGUGCACUUUAUGAGGACGAUGAUGUAAAUUGUGCAAUAAUUCAGGAUAAUAAUGCAUUGGUAAUGAUUGAUUCGGGAACGGAAUCAGAUGACGAUGAAUUAGAACAACUUGAUUCAAAUUUAAAUAGAGCACCUUCAACGGAUAUAAUGGGAAGCAGUCCACCAAAUCUGACCAGUUCACCACCGCUAGCUAGUGAAUUUGAAACGGAUAGGUUUGUUUGA